AUGGGCCCUUCCUCCCCCGCGCUCGCCCCUGCGGCGACCGAGCUCCAAAGCAGCGCCACCGCCAGAUCCGCCCGCCUCCGGCCGUCCCCGGCUCCUGCCGGCUGCACCAAGUCAGAUCCAACCCCGCCCCCCCCUCCAGCACCACCAGCUCGCCCUCCUGUGUCCCAGCUCCCACCGCCACCGCCCUCACAUCUACCGCCGGCCCGCCCUUCUGAUCCAACUGCAUGCCGUGCGCCGGCGGCCCCCUACCAAACCAAGCGGGUGAGGUUUGCAUUCACUGCAAGCACCACGCCGCCCCGCAUUCACUACCCCUCCGCCGUAUCCCGCAGCCACAGUGCCACCCCCGCCCCGACAGCUGGUUCGAAGCCCCCGUCUGGAAGCUGCGACCGCAUUGAAGAUGAGGAUCUUGAAGGAUGGACGACGAUUCGGCGCAGGCGUGGACGCGCCGCCCGCGCAGGCCUAGGCUGCGCCCCAGCGGCGCCUCGCCUUCUCUCAGCCCAUGCCCCUAGCCGUCUGAUGGUAAGCCUACGAGGUAAAUGCGCUCGCUGCUUGAGUAGGGAUCACUUGGCCAUUAAUUGCAGGGAUCCGGUCAAGUGCAUCAAAUGCAAGCGCUCCGGGCACAGGUCUUGGCAGUGCUCGUGGAUUGUUAGCAGGCCGACUACUAUCCCCCAACGUCAACCUCCCUGCCUCGACUUCCACAACUUCCCGCCGCUAGCCGCUCCGUCCAUGGCCCUUCCAGGUGACCCAGCAUUGCGCCCGGAUCAUUCCUGGACCACCACUUCUGCCACCCGCGUCAUGGAGAGUGAGCUCGAACGGCUGAGCUCCCAUGCAGUGGUGGUUUGGCUCAGCUGCGACCGCCCCGACAUCAGCCUCGACAGGGUGGAGCGGGCCUUCUGCUCCCGCUUUGGGGUGCGGCCGGUGGACAUCACGGUAUCCAGAAGCCCACCUGCGGACUUCCUCGUGAUCUUCGCGCACCGGCACCACCGGGAUGCGGCCGUCGCUGCUAGGGACUUCCCGCUUGGCAACCUUGACUUCCGCAUCAGGCCGUGGCAGCUGAUCACCCUUGGAGAACGUCACGACCUCAGCUUCCACGUGAGGCUGUGCCUCGAGGGCAUCCCUCCUCAUGCGUGGAAUGAAAGCAUCGCCAAGCGUGUCGUGGCCCGUGCCUGCGUCUUGGACUACGUCGAAGACGACUGCCUCUCCUCCACCAUGAAGGACGCCCGCUGCCUCAACCUUUGGGCGUGGACAGAAAAUCCGUCUGACAUCCCGAAGGUCAUCUGGCUUACAAUUACUGGCUCUGUGAUGGUGAUCCAUGAAGGUGUGCCCCCUCCAGUGGGCCAAUGUGGCCUCACUUUCCGGGUGCUUGUCCACCUCGACUUGGUGGAGGGGCCGCCGGGCCGCGAUGCGCUUCCUACCACUCGCUCCCUCACCUGGCGCCAUGGUGUCGUCGACGGGGAGCGCGUGCGACGUGACCGACAUGAUCCGCCCCCGGCAGACCUCCGCAACGACCGUCGAAAUCGGGACAGAGAUGAUGAAGACGAAGGAGAUGAACGGCGUGGGCGUCGACAGCAUAAUGGGGAGAGCUGGAGCUCUCGUCUCUUUCGCAGCCUCUCCCGUGCGUCGCGAGGCCCGGACCGUUCUGUUUCGCGGCGCGAGCAACACCGCGACAUAGGAUCCAGGAAUGGAGGACGACACCACCACCUUGGACUCGGUUCUGCGCCCCAGCCUUUGGAGAAGAGGCACGUGCGGGGCCAUAGCCGAGAACGACAUACACAUCGCCACCAAGAGCACCGCCAUCGCUCCUCCCCCCGCUCGCUUCGCCAGCUCCCAGUGAUCCCCACGGGGAUCCGCAGACGCUGCAAUCAGGCCUCUGCUCCCUGCUUCGAGAAGGACCGCAAACCUUCCCCUCAGUCGCCUCUGCUUCGGACCACGGGAGAAGGGGGUGCUGAGGGAUCUCCGCUGGCUGGACAGAACCGUUCUUCACCGCCGCACCUGUGCAAGAGCCUAGGGCUGCUGUCUUCGCAUGGUGCACGUCGCUACUUGCCUGGUCGUGUCUACCGCAGACGCGCUUAUCCUACCAUGCCAGUACCGGAACAGUGCCCGCCAUCGCCGGCCACACUAAACGAGACACCUACAGAGGCCUCGACGCCGGAGACAAUUCAGACUGCCCCCAGCACUGAAGCUGACUCUAUGGACGACGCGCCUAAUGGGUCGGGGCUGGAAGAGGCGCCAGGCCUUGUGGACGCUGCUGCUGGGCUUGAGCCGGAAGGGAUACCCCCUUCUCUUUCGGCGUCCUUCAUCAACAACUUCACCCGCCCAGCAGCCCAACCCCUGCUCCACCAACACCAGCAAGCCCCGUCAAACCCGAAGAAGAGGGGAAGGCAUGGGGUCAGGCCGGUCCGCAGGAGCAAGCGGCUCGCGGCGGUUGUUUGGCCACGCGGCAACAUACAAGAGCGCGCUCGCCAAGUCCUCAUGAAGCGGCUGGGGAUCUUGCCUAGCAUUGGCCAGCCAACAGCUGCUGCUAAUGGUGAAGCUGCACUGGAGCACUACAUCAACCUCUUCAAGGGUCCGCUGACGACCGUGGCUCUUCAGGCACUGCUACCCCUCUGUGGAAUUAUUCCGCAGGGGCAGACAGUGCAGGGAUCUUGAUCCUGCCGCCGACAUCUGUUUGACCUCCAACAGGGUGUCACUGCCUACCAAUGUCUCAACAAAAUUGUAAAAUUCUUAGUUGGAACGUGAGGGGCCUUAAUGAAAUGGCUAGACGUGACUCGGUUCAGGAACUGAUCCAGGACACCGGAAGCACCAUCAUUUGCAUACAAGAGACUAAGCUAGCUGCACUUGAUAAUGCAGCCAUCUUACGCA